AUGCUACUACUUUCAAAAUAUAGGCUGAGGAAUGUACCUGUAAUAGAACCAGGCCAACCCAUCAUUAAGAACUACAUUACUCAGUCAGGACUUGUUCAGGGUCUUGAGAGAUGCAGAGGAAGGGACUGGUUUGACUGCAUUGCGGCAAAGCCUAUCUCCGAUUUUGGACUUCCUUUCAUGUCCUCUGAUGAGGUUAUUAGCAUCACGAGCAAUGAUCUAAUACUCAAACCUUUCAAGAGGAUGAGAGAUAACAAAAUUGGUGGUCUUCCUGUUGUAAAGGGGCCCAAGAAAAACAUAGCCGGUAAUGUAAGCAUCAGAGAUAUUAGAUACUUGCUACUCAAACCCGAGCUUUUCUCCAAUUUCAGGAAGCUCACUGUUAGGGACUUCAUGAGCACCAUCACAACGACCAGCGAAAUUGGAAAAGUCAUGCAACCAAUUACAUGCAAACUGGAGUCAACUCUUGGUAAUCUGAUUGAAAGUUUUGCUUCCAUGUCCGUUCAUAGGAUCCAUGUAGUAGCUGGGGAGGAAGGCGAGGUUGUUGGUGUCGUUACACUCAGAGAUAUGAUCUCUUGCUUCAUUUAUGAACCACCAAACCACUUUGAUAACUACAUGGGAUUUGCGGUGAAGGAGAUGUUGAAUCAGUGA